AGAGACAUCUAGCUUAUGCCGUUCGAUAUCGUAUCUGUUUGUCGAUUACACAAGAUUAGCACCAAUUGCCUUAUCACGAAGUGGAAACGUGUCGUGCGUGUCCGUGCUUUCUCAUUUCAGAUAAUCCUUUUUCUCGAUAAUAUAACAUAUUUUUCAAAAUACACUUACGAAAAUUUCGGUUGAUAUCGUAGAUAACCUAAGAGAGAUUAAUCGGUGACUGCUAGCAUGAGUUUUCAGAAUGUCACUCAUUGCAUCUUCGAUAUGGAUGGUUUGCUAUUGGAUACAGAAUCGCUGUACACAAUGGCAUACAAUCGUGUCACUCAAGAGCAUGGAAAAGCGUAUACCUGGGAACACAAGGUGCAAAUUAUGGGUUACAAGAGCGCUGAAGCUCUGCAAAAAAUAAUAAACAUGUUAGAACUACCAAUUACAGUGAAAAUGUUCGAGGACAAACUUGCUCCCAUAUAUCAAGAAGUGUUUCCUAAAUGUAAUCUCAUGCCAGGUGCGGAGAAGCUGCUGCAACAUCUUAAAAAAAAUAAUGUGCCUAUCGCACUAGCUACGAGUUCAAGUCAAGAUAGUAGCGACUUGAAGACCCAGAAAUGGCAGCACAUAUUCGAUUUGUUCAAUCAUAAGGUAUAUGGUGGCUCAGAUCCAGAGGUCCUUCAUGGAAAACCGAGUCCGGAUAUAUUCUUGAUUGCUGCGCAACGUUUCCCUGAUAAUCCGGAACCUUCAAAGUGCCUAGUCUUUGAAGAUUCGCCGAAUGGAGUGCAAGCUGGUAUCUCCGCUAAGAUGCAAGUGGUGAUGGUGCCGGAUCCUGAGAUUCCUGAACAUGAAAAGAAAGCCGCUACACUGGUCUUGAAAAGUUUGGAAGAUUUCAAGCCGGAGGAUUUUGGUCUGCCGCCAUUUGUAGCAUGAAGUUAUUUAUCUUAGCUCGUAAAAAAAAAUAUUAGACAAAUUAGAUUCAAUUCUAUAUAACUAAAGAUUACAAGAUAUCAUUAUUGGUGACAAAUGCAAAAGCCUGCAGGCAGGUUUUCCUUAGUAUUGAUAAAAUCUGACUGAUGUACAUAGAUUUUGUUUGGAAAAAAGUGACACAUUCUGAAGAUGGAUAUUUUCAUAUAACAGAGAAGUCAUCACUGCCUGAGAUAAAAAUCCUAAUUAAAGCCAUACUUACACGAGAUCUCUAUGCGAUAUAUUUAUUAUAAUAUUAAGUUGUAGGAAUCACAUGAAGUUCCUAGUUUGAAGAUCUGUUUUAAUAUUUUUGUUCUAUGUCAUAAUCAUCGAUUAAACUUACAAAGUACUGUAAACAUUACAAAGAUACACCGUUGCUUAAUAUAAAAGUUGUAUAAAUAUUU